AUGGACCCCGCAGGCCAAGAUAUCAACCUGAACUCUCCUCACAAAGGUCUGCUGUCUGACUCCAUGAUGGACGUCCCUGUCGACACGGGUGCGGCUGCCCAGACCCCUGCUGCCGAAGGCUUGACGGAGGCUGAGGAGGAGGAGCUCAGGGCUGAGCUUGCCAAGGUGGAGGAGGAGAUCAUUACUCUGCGCCAGGUCCUGGCAGCCAAGGAGCGGCACUGUGGGGAGCUGAAGAGGAAGCUGGGCCUCUCCGCCCUGGACGGGCUGCGGCAGAACCUGUCCAAGAGCUGGCAUGACAUGCAAGGCUCCAGCGCCUAUGUGAAAACUUCUGAGAAACUCGGAGAGUGGAACGAAAAAGUGACCCAGUCUGACCUCUACAAGAAGACUCAGGAAACGCUCUCACAGGCAGGACAGAAGACAUCAGCUGCCCUGUCCACUGUGGGCUCUGCGAUCAGCAGGAAACUUGGUGACAUGAGGGCUCAUCCGUUCUCACACUCCUUUAGCAGCUACUCCAUCCGCCACUCCGUCAGUAUGCCAGCCAUGAGGAACUCUGCCACCUUCAAGUCGUUUGAGGAUCGUGUUGGGACCAUAAAGUCUAAAGUCGUCGGUGGCAGAGAGAAUGGCGGGGACAACCUUCCUUCUCCAACAGGAAAUAGUGACAAGCCCCUGCCGGAUCACGCCCCUUUCUAA